AUGGCGACCACCUCAUCACCAAUGCAUUUGUCGCUAGAAACAAACCACAAGACACAGCCAAUCGCGAUCCAAACCCCAACUUCCGGCUCAAGUCUCACGCCCCCAGUAACGCCCAUCGGAAAAGAAAAUGAUCCAAAAAACACCCUUCCAGACCUAUUAAUCGGCGCAAACCCCGCAGAGACAUCUGCGCUGGUCAAACGGAACAAUUGCACCCCGCUCCGCUUCACAGAUGAACUAGAAGUUUGUUCUGAUGCGGAGGAGCGCCCUAUUGAAUUCGGUCGCGGCGCAUGGAGUAUCGUCUACAAGGCGCGCUCAAGACCUAACGCCACAGUCGCAAUCGCAAUCAAUACGCCUCCUAGUUCGCCUACCGCCACCACCCGCGUGUACGCCAUGAAAUCUCCAGUGCGCCGGGAUGCGCGCCCAGUUUUACAGGCCGAGGCACUCACUUUAACACGUCUGAAUCUAAUUCCGGGCUACGAGCGAUAUGUUGUUCCAUUCCAUGGCUAUCACACUCCCACUGAGUCUUUGGUUAUGUCCGCUGUUCCUUUGGCACUUUCAACAUAUAUCGAGGACCAAGCGGAUCUUAUGCGGAAAAGAGGCCCUUCCACCGCUACAAUGUUCGAUCCUGUUCAAGGUUCAGAGCCUUGGAAGAAUCUAGCAUUGAAGUUGAUUAGUGGUCUGGAAUGGUUACACAAGACAGCAGGUAUUAUCCACGGUGAUAUUAAGCCUCAUAAUCUGCUCUUGCGUCCUAUGUCUCCAGAUGAUGAACUAAGCGCUAGUAUCGAUGCGUUUCCGUAUGAGCCGCUAUUCGCAGACUUUUCCUCUGCGCUUGAUAUCUCCCCUGAGAACGGGCGAGAUGGUAACCAGAGUUCCAUGUCUGCGUUUACGCCUCCGUUUACCGCGCCGGAACUUCUAUCCCUUGCUUCUUUGAAGUCAGGUGAUGUAGAUCCUACUCCAGCUUCGGAUGUGUUUUCGCUCGCUGCCACACUUGUUGCAGCUGCCACUGGUGAUCUACUGCUAUAUCCUGGCUCAAGCAAUAUGCAGCGGCUAGCGAUGGCGCGGGACGGACAACGAAUUUUGGAAUUCACACGAUGUGGUUCUAAUGGGAGUCGCGUGCCGAGAAAUGGGUUCGUGGAAAAAUUGAUUCAGCCUGCUAUUUCUAAGGAUCCCGCGCAACGCAUUGAUAUUUCGGAGUGGGUGACUUUGGCGAGUGUCUGA